AUGAUAUCAUCAACAUCACUCUUAUUAACGUCAAAUAAUUGUAAUAAUUUGUCAUCACCAUCGUCAAUAUUAAUAUGGAACAAUUGUUCAAAACAAGAAGAAAUUGCUCGUCUUUUAGAGAUAUAUACAUAUCCGAUACUAUUAAUCAUUGGUACAAUUGGUAAUUUACUCUCAUUAAUUGUUUUAUUACAAAUGCGUUCACAUAGUGUUUAUAGAUAUUUAACGUUUAUGUCCAUAGCUGAUACAGCGUUAUUAUAUACAGGUCUAUUGAGAGAUUUAUUAUUAUCAUCUAAUUUUCAUAUUCAUAUUCAAGGCAAUUUAUUGUGUAAAAUACACGUGUUUUUCUUCUAUAAUACAUUUCAUUUAUCCUCAUGGUUUCGUUGUUGUUUAAAUUUGGAUCGUUAUGUUGCUGUUAAAUUUCCCAUAUACACUUCAAAAUGGUGUAGAACUAAACAGGCAUGCAUCAAUACAUGUAUUAUUACUAUUCUCUUUUCAAUACUCAAUUUUCAUUUAAUUUUAUUUGUACAUGGUGAUAUGGAUUCAUCUAUUAUCUCUUAUUCGACAACAGUAAAUCCAUUUCAAUAUCAGAAAUGUUAUUUAAAUAAUCAUUAUCAACAAUUUUUCUUAUCAAUUUAUUCAUGGAUAGAUAUGCUUGUUGUAACUAUUAUACCUUUUCUAUUUAUUAUUAUGUGUAAUUUAACUGUAAUAAAUCGAGUAUUCAUUGUUCGACAAAUUAAUUCUACAAAAUCAAAACAAGCUCAUCAUACUCAUCAGCCUGCAAUUAGAUCAAAAGCAACAAAUCGUUUAAGAAGUUUAUGUUUAAUGAUGAUAUGUAGUUCGGUUAUUUUUGUUGCUACCACAUUACCAGUCACUGCUUUCAUUAUUGAUUUGAACGCUCAUAAUGUAACAGAGAAAAAACUACGUUGUCGUAAAGUUCAGUGGACAAUAUACAAUAUUUUGAUGUAUUUAAAUUAUGCUUCGAUUUUGACAUACUGUUUAUCCGGUACAGAAUUUCGUCACGUACUCAAGCAAACUCUCACAUGUUUCAAAUCUCAGUCAUCAAUAGUUUCAUUACUUAAUAAAGAUAUUCAAAAACAAAAAAAAAAGACUAAUAAACUAAAAUAUCAUCAUCAGCAACAACAACAACAACAUAGAUAUAUAUCAUCUUCAAACUAUCAAACACGACAACAAACACCAACCACACAUUGGGGGAAUUUUUUUCUACCGUUUAAGUUAACGUUAAGUACAAAUCGUCUGAAUGAUCGAAGAAAAUCGUCAUUAUCUAUAUGUCCAAGUCACGUUGUCAACAAUGAACCGAGUAUUGGAUUUCAAAAUAACAAUUCAACAUCAAAUAAUCAAAUUAAUACGGGAAAAACAUGUUUACAAAUAAAUACCGUGCAUCAUCAUAACCAACCAUCGUGCUCACAUUUUCUUACAUUAAAUACAAACGUAUACGAUUCAUCAGUAAGAAGAAGUUCAGCAAAAACGAGUAUUUACGAACAAAAUUGA